AUAACAGUAUCUUUCAACACGAACUCGCGACGAAUUUGAGUGGAGACAAGACUUCUGCAGUCUAUAUCCUCCGUUGUUUGAAAUAAUAUACACCUUUUUGUUCAUUGAUCUUAUUGGACUUGUAAUAAAUCAUGGCUCGUAACAGUGAAAAAGCCAUGACUACAUUGGCUCGAUGGAGAGCUUCUCAAGUUGGUGAGAUCAAAGAGAAGGACCGACGACCAUAUUUGGCAUCUGAUUGUGAUAAUCUUCACGAGGCAGAAAAGUGGAGGAGACAAAUCAUUGGUGAAAUCUCCAGGAAGGUGGCACAAAUUCAAAAUGCUGGUCUUGGUGAAUUCAAGCUUCGUGAUCUUAACGAUGAAAUCAACAAACUGCUUCGAGAAAAGGGCCAUUGGGAGGACAGGAUUCUGGAACUUGGAGGGCCAGAUUACAGGAAAACAGGUCCUAAAAUGUUAGACAGUGAUGGCAAAGAAGUUCCAGGAAACAAAGGCUACAAGUACUUUGGUGCUGCAAAAGAUUUACCUGGUGUGAGAGAAUUGUUUGAGCAAGAACCCCCUCCACCGCCUCGAAAAACGCGAGCAGAGUUGAUGAAAGACAUCGAUGCUGAUUACUACGGCUACAGAGACGAAGAUGAUGGAAUUAUUGUCCCUCAAGAACUUGAGGCAGAGAGGAAAGCAAUCUCUAGUAAAGUGAGAGAAUGGAAAGAAAAGCAGAACAAAGUGAAGAGUGGAGAAAUGACAGAAGAGGAAGCCACAGGGAAAGAGGAAGAACUUUUCACAGCUGCAGAGCUGGCAGAGGAUGAUUUAGAGGUGCAGGAAGUAGAGAUGGAACCGACAGAAUCAACAUCAGAUUUGGACUUAGACAACCAACGUUUUAUCGCCCACGUUCCAGUCCCCUCACAGAAGGAGAUCGAAGCAGCAUUACUCAUGCGGAAGAAAAUGGAACUGCUGCAGAGAUAUGUCUCGGAUGGCUUACAGGAGGAGGAAAUGGAGGCAAAAGAUAUGGCGGGUGUGUGACGGCUUGUGUGUGUGUGAGAGAGAAAGGAAAAGAGGAGUAUGUGAAUGUGCAUUUGUGAGAGG